GGCCCACGCGAUAGUUAAGCGUUAACUGCGUACGUCCGGCCCUGCAACGCAACGUCGAUGUGAUCUAGUUACCUCGAGGGGGUUAACAAGUUUAUUUGAUCUACGCCAUAUGACUUCGUGCCUUCCUGAAAGCUAUCUGUCUGGCUAUCAGGAACUUGGGCCUUGAGGGCUGACAAUUUAAUCACCUCUUGUUAUCAACCGAAGUUACAUGACAGGCAGGCGGCUUUCACCGAUAGGAUAGACGGAUUUAACUAACGUACAUGUAACUACAGUACGGAGUACAGUACAUUGAUCGGCGCCUUUCCUUGCGGGUUUUCGUCUACGUGACAAGUUUCCGAGACUCCUCACCUUGAUGAUCGGCCGAUUAAUCAAGGCCUUAUCGAGAAACUAGAUGCUAGUUACUAGUGGGGUUGUCCAGGACGCUUCUCGAAUGAUCCCAUGUUCCAAAGCUCAAGAAGCCUAGCCAUCUUCCCCCACCUUUCCAGGGAGUGGUGCCAGCUAGAGAUCUAGCAGAGCCUGUUCGAUGCCUCGAGCAUCUGAUGCGCAUCGUCGUUUGCCAAAUAAUAGCUAAGCCUUGGAUCGCAUGGACGGAUGCUCCUGACAUAUAGCAUUCCUUUUACCUCAGCUUCAUCAUCAUUGAUGCCACAUUAGAACGCGCAAAUUGUUUGAAACAGUUGAGUGGUCGGGGUCUCAAAAGGGGAAUUUAUUAUCCCCUUGGAAGAAAACAUGGUUAUUCCACGUAAUGUUUCGCGUCCGUGCGGUCGCUGAUUGAGCUAUUAUUAUAAAAUGAUGUGGAAAGAGACCCAAGCGCACACAUUGGUUCCCCUAUUGGUUCAACACUUGAGCAAAAUGACAUUUAUUCCUAACUGACUGUAAUCCAGAAAAUAGGUACUCCGUAGGUCUCUCCGCAUUAUCUAACGUCCAACCAAAACCAUAGUUGUGUCGGGUCGAUGCGUCGUGCACAUUUGGCCUCCAGUUAGCCUGGAAUCCCAUUUUAAGAAAAGCCUGCAGGAUCCGAUCGUGGCUUCGUGGCUGAUAAUUCCCAAGGACGCACUCGGUUUUUUUCCGUUGGAUACAACUCAUCAUGAAAGAUUUCCACAUCGAAGAUCGCCGUGCUUUUAUCAAAUCAAUAUGAAUGAAAAAUAUAGGGCUUUUCCCGCAUCUCACUGGGCUUACUUGGCUUUAGUCCCUGACUUUCAAAGAGCCCUACACGCCCUCGCCCGUACACUUUCGGCGCAGCGGAAGACUACUAUCGCCCAAGUGCCCGCACCGCUGUUUCUCUCUAAAUAACACUAGGGGGCUUGUUUGUCCAGGGGUCCCAGCUCUAAUUUGCCAAGCAACUGGCUAACUAGAGGCUAAAAAGCUAACUGCUUGGGCGAUAUUUUUAGUGAUGCUACCAGUUUGGCUACUUCCGGUUGGAAACAGGGCUAUUAAGCAAAACCCUUACGCUGCAGAUUGUUUUGGCAGCCCUAGAUCAUGAUAUUUAAAAUGGGAAACGGGGGCAUGUCUUAUCCUUAUGUGCUUAUAUCUUCCAAACUUCUUUUAUUUAAAUGGCGAUUCCUGCUGCUUCCCUGAAGACAUCUACAGGCACCGUGAGCGUCAGGAUGCGAAGAUCCCAGAUUCCCGAGACCCCUGCGCGGAAAGGCAGUCGGAGAAGGCUAGUACGCUCGUGUUCAGAAUGCAGUCGACGAAAGCAAAAAUGCAACAGAAAUUGGCCUUGCAAUAACUGCGCUGGCUCCAGAGCUCAUCUUUGUCGCUAUGACCAUACUAUCAAGAGAUGCACUUCAUCCAUGAAUAGAAGUCCUGUGGAGAUCUCACCUCCAAGUUCGUCAAACAGUGGUUCGUUUCGUCCUAUUUGGGCCUCUGGACAUAGUUUUUCUAACAUAGAUGCAGAUGAAUAUGCUGAGCAGACUGACUCGGAAAUCCUAGAGAGUUUGGGCUACGUGGCUGGAAGUGCUAGCAGUUUAGCCAAGGAGGUUUUGGGAACACCGCCUCUGGACGGCUUUUUCUAUCCCCCUCCUGGCAGAAACAACACGCCUAAUGAUCCACGGCGUAGUCAAGAGGCUGUUCUUGAAUUGUUCCCAGACAGGAAGGUUGUUGACUUCCUUAUUCAGUACUUUCUGCAAGAGAUAAAUUGGAUAUAUGAAAUGAUUUAUCCUCCAACUUUUAUGGAACGGUACACUUCUUGGUGGCUACAGCAGGCCUACCAAGAAAGUGAAGACAUUCAGUUUGGGAUCCUGGUCCUCAGGCUUUGCCUGUGCAGUAUACAGCUUCUCCCUCAUCCAAAUUACCCUCAUGAAAGGGCAAUACAAUGCAGCUUGAACGAGCUGGAAACCCGGUGCCAAAAUGCAGCUAGCAUUCUCGAUUCCUUUCGGCCAAGAUACAGUUCCUUAACAACAAUACAACAUAUGUUCCACUACGCGUCAUAUCUCACAAAUGAGUCAAAGUUCAGAGAAACCUGGAUUGUCCUUGCAGAUAUCAUCAAAGAGGCACACAUUCUAGAGCUACACUUGGAGCAUCCAAGGAUAAAAGUUUCAGACUUUGAAAUGGAAAUGAGAAAGCGAAUUUUCGGUACUAUCUACAUGUGGGAUAGAUGGAUGUCAAUACUCCAAGGGCAUUGGCCGCUCAUCCCUGAGACAUAUUGUUGCAUCAAACUUCCUCGGGACGCGCUGCCUGCAGCACCAUCAGUGCCUGGCGCCCCCACCCCGUUCACCAAUAGAAUUAUUCAAAUGCGGCUAAUGAUAAUGCUCAGUUCUCGGAAAACACCAGAAGAACAGCCUAGGGUCCCAAGCCCUGCUUCAGCAUCAGCCAUUGCAGAAAGUAUUGAAACUGAAAUCAUAGCUACACUUCCUCUGCCAUAUAGCCUCUCAGAUUAUGAUGGACAGUUUGACAACAUCCUUCCCAGUAUCCCCUUAAAACGCGUAGGGCUCCGCAUAGCAAUCCUUGGCACUCUCACUACAGUUCAUCGUCCCUACACUGGAAUGCAGCAUGAACCAAACUUCACCAACCUAUCGUCUGUGAAAGAGCAAAAGGCAGCUUUCAAACUUCAAAAGAAACUCAUUGAAUGCACCAUGGAUACUAUCCAAUCAACCAUGCGAUUUGCAGAGAUGCUACUUGGUGGCUGCAAAAAGUAUUUUUUGCUCAGUCUUGUAGCAUUGGAAGCAUCCGUCGUCCUUAGUCUGUGUGUCAGGGGCCUUCGAAGGAAUAGAAGAGCAUACAUCCGCUUGUCGCGCCAGGGUGUCCAAACCUUUACGGAAAACUCUGAACUCGAAGGUCCUACCAAUGCUGCAUUCUUGGAGGGGUUGAAUUUUCUGAAUGAGAUGGCACAUCAUUCACCAAUUGCUGCAAAAGGUUCGCAAAUACUGAGAUCAUUGCAUCAAAAGUUACAAAGGGAUGCUACUUUCGACGACCCUGAGCACGAUAUCUACUCGAACAUCUCAGCCCCUAUCCAGCAUCAGCAAGAACAGCAUCAACAGCAACAACAACAUCAGCGAAGGGCGCAACAAGCAACAACUUGGGUACCGGCGGCGAGCACAGGGAUGAUGACAGGGGCUGUCCUUGCGAGCGAACAACUUGGUAAUAUACUAGCUGGACCUCCCGUUACCACAAGCACCUGCAGCCCAGAAAUGGUAAUGGACCCAUACGCUUGGUCACAGAUGGCAUCGCAUACACUACCACCCCCGGCAGAGAUGCAUCACUAUGCCCAUGCGUUGCCGGCAGCAAAUUUGUCGUGGUAUUAUGAUAAUGGACUUGUUGAUCGAUAUGCGACAAGUACCUUGUGACUGGUUUCCGUAACUAUUUCCGUCUGCUCCCUCUCUCUAUCUUCUAUCUUCUUUUCUCUUUCUUGGCCUUUUUUUUAGUCCUUGUCUAUUGCUCUGUUUAUAUCUUUGCUGUUGAUUUUUUUUUUUUUUUUUUUUUUUUUUUUUUUUUUUUUUUUUUUUGGUUAUAGAGCUUUUGUUUCAAUAAGAUACUCAGGGAGGUAAACUGGAAUGGUAUAAUUUCUCAUUUUGAAUAGCGUGAGGGGUGUUCGUUAAGGAGUCAACCAUACAUUCUGGAAUAAAUGGUUGCUUUGUUUAUAUAUCUAUGCCUGGAAUGGAGCUAAAACGUUGCUGGACACGUUGGUUUGGAAUUGAAAUAGAGCGCCGGUCUUUUCACCUGGAUUUGGUGUUAUCAUUUACUUUCUUUCUGCAUACUACAUGAUAUAUACACUUCGCAUGUUAACUGGUGGAUCUUAAUGGAUCUGAUAAUUCCUCCUGAGUUGUCAAAUCCACAAGAAAUGAAUUAGGAGACUUAUAUCAAGUGACCUCUUGACCACACACCGUCCCUUGCCUAUAGGAAACAUUUCAACUUUCAACCCUCAUUGCCCGAUAAUGGGAGAUAUAAAUUGGAUACGCA